AUGUGGCCGAGCUCCGAAACCGGUUUAGUGAUCGCCGCCCGACUCGGAAAUAGUAGAUACUUUGUCUUCCUCCGCAACUCAAGCCGGCCAAGCCUUCAGCUGAGAGACGACAGAGGUGUCGACCGCGAUGCCUCUGAUUCUGGUGUCUUUUUCGCAGUUGUUUUGAUAGAAAUUGGGUUGUGUGGGAUCAAGUUUGUGUGGGAAGAGAUGGACCAAGUUGGAGGAAACGUCAAGCUAAAAAAAGAAAACAAGUCUGGAAACUGGUGGGAGAGCAGGACACCCUCCAUCCUGGGGGCUAGACGCCCUAUCGCAUCGUCUCCCUUUAAGGCGAGAGCUCUCGCCUUUUUGGGCGUGAGCCCCGCCUUAUGGACCUGGCAAUCAAUGUCUUGA